AUGCUCAAAUCAAGUCUUCUUGCUUCUUCUUCAUCAUCAUUGAUGAAACUCAACCGAAGUAACGGUGGUUCUCCAUCCAUGAUGAUGGUUGGUUCAGCCUUGUCUUCCACCUCUUCAUCUUCGGGUCAUCAUUAUAGAUUCUAUCAUCAAACAGUUGCUACCGAAGAAUUAAAAGACGACCAUACCUCCAUCAGAAAAUGUCCCUAUGGAGACUUUUAUCAUACAGCUCUCACGAUUGAACACACCAAAACUCCACUCGUAAAACCACCAUGGGAAGGUUUGGUUUUUGGUAAACAAUUUACUGACCAUAUGCUUGAAGUGGAUUGGAAUGCUGAGAAGGGAUGGACUGCUCCUCGGAUUGUUCCCUAUCAUGAUUUAGUUCUUCCUCCAUCAUGUUCUGCUCUGCAUUAUGCCAUUCAAUGUUUUGAAGGAUUGAAGGCUUAUAAGAAUGGAGAGAAUGUUUAUUUAUUUAGACCAGAAAUGAAUGCCAACAGAAUGAAUAGGUCUUGUGCUCGAUUAGGCUUACCAAAUUUUGCUGGAGAAGAAUUUUUGAAAUGUUUGGCUGAGCUUGUUAAGGUUGAAAAGGAUUGGGUUCCAGAUAAGAGAGGUUAUUCAUUGUAUCUUCGUCCAACAGUCAUUAGUACUGAACGCACCAUGGGAGUUUUGCCACCAAACAAUGCUAAAUUGUUUGUGAUUUGUUCUCCUGUGGGCCCUUACUUUAAAUCAGGUUUUGCUCCAGUGAAACUUCUUGCUGAUCCAAAAUACGUUAGAGCUUUCCCAGGAGGUACUGGUAAUGCAAAGGUUGGAUCCAAUUAUGGACCAACGAUUAUGCCUCAAUUGGAAGCUAUUGAAAAGGGAUAUUCACAAGUUUUGUGGCUUUUCGGAUCUGAUCAUCAAAUUACCGAAGUUGGAACCAUGAACAUUUUCUUCUAUCGAAUUGGUAAGGAUGGAGAGAAGGAGCUCAUUACACCACCUUUGGGAGAUGUGAUUUUACCUGGUGUCACUCGUGACUCUGUUCUCCACCUUGUAAGAAAUGAUUUCAAGUUAAAGGCUUCUGAAGUGACCUACACUAUGAGUGAUUUCAUUGACGACGUAAAGAAUGGACGAUUACUCGAAUCAUUUGGUGCAGGAACUGCUUGUGUAGUUGCCCCAAUUAGUGCCAUUAGAUAUGAAGACACUGAAUAUCCUGUUCCAGUUCCACCAAAGGAAGAAUCACUUGCUAUGAAGUUGUGGGACCGAAUUUUGAGUAUCCAGUACGGUGAAACACCACACCCAUUUUGUCACAACAUUGAGAAUAUUAUUGCAGGAACUGAAACAUGGAAUUAA